GUGGGGGGUUGGCCCGCUGGCCUCCGGGCAGGGACGGGCGGGUGAUGUCGAAGCCGGGCGCCGCGACAGGCCCGUUGAGAUUCUUCAGCCGGCGCAGUCCAUCAGCCCGCGGCCGGUGGCGAGGAGGCGGAGUUGUUUAGGAAGAAGCUGGAGUGGUUGCGAGACGCCGUUUCGCAGUUCUCUGGGUUAGCGGCUGGAGGAUGAGUAGCCUCAGCCGGCGGAGGCUCGGGCCGAAAAACUUUUAGAUAGCGGUUAAAGGCAGCGCAGCGGAUCCUGGCCAGAGAGAGGGGUGCGAACGGGCAGAAGAUGCAGAGCAGGUUAGAAAAAGCGGGCGGGGCGCAGAAGUAAAGGAGUGAGAAGGGUGAGGGAGAGAAAAUAAAUCCAAAGCAGAACUUAGGGGAUCGUUUAAGACUAGAUGGCAAAAAUAAAUCGUUGGGAGAAGAGUAAGAGGAAUGGACAUAAUGGGAAAAGGGGCAAGGAGGAAAGUGGAUCUGGAAGGAAACGAGGUAGGAAGAGAUAGGGAAAGAGUAGCAUCGAUAGAAUUGCAUCAAGCAGAGGAAAACGGAGUUGAUAAAAAGCAUGGACAAGGGUUGACAGGGAAACGGGGUUAGACAGAGAGGGGGCAAAAACAAUUCUGGAAGAACAGUGGUUCAAACAAAACCGUGAAAGUGUAUGUAAAGACUCUGAAUCAGGUCCUGGAGGAAAGAUUGCCUGUAUAUAGUCGUACAGGGGAAGGGUGGGCAGAAAUCGGUGGGUGAUGAGUGGAAUGAUGGGCUGAUGGAACUGGGGGUGGAUGGGAAAGAUGUGAUAAAUUAAAGGAGAAAAGACCUAGAUGGACAGGGUUGUGUGUGUUGCGUGAAAUUGUUCAUACCAUACUAUUGGGUUGUAAGUGACCUCUGCUUAGUAUGAGUUGUUCCAAUUUGUAUUUGGGCCCUCUGUAAUGAUGUAGAGGGCUAAAGUCGGACAUCACAGUGUAGGAUUUGGAGGGCAAGUUAAAGUGAAAUGCUACUGAAGCUUGAUGUGACUGCUGUAAACAGUGCAGAUUUUCCACAAACCAUUGCCUCUUCUAUGCUUGGAUUCUCUAGCAUAGUAAAGGCUAUGUUAUGAGCAGUGGAUCAAGUUGGAAGAGGUGCAGCUGAACCUCUGUCUCACUUAAGAUCUCUAGAUUGUGGUGAGGGAGGAAGUGAAAGGACAGAUGUUGCAACCCCUUCAAACGAGUUGACCAGCUGUGGCCAAGGAGGGCGUAAGUAUAACGAAUAUUGUCAAUAGUGGAAGCUGAUAAAUUGUGGAAGAGUAAGUUAGGAGAAGUAAGGUGUAAGGAGUAAAGUCAGAGAAGGGGGAAGGAGUAAUGAAGGGAUGGAAGGGAAAACAAACCAUGAAGAAAAGGUACUGAGGAUAGGAAAUAGGACUGUAGAAAGGGGAGAAAGAGCAAAUGAGGAAGGGGGAAAUGAUGGGGUCAUAUUGGACAGAAAAUGUAAGAAGACCAGGAUAAAGUAUCUUUAAAAUGCCUGAAGAUCAGGGAGAGAAUUUCAUUUCUUAGUACUAAUGACUCAGCCUGCUAGUGGAUAGAUGUGGAGGAGCUCAAAUAUCUUGGGACGUUUUUAAGAAGCUUAAAAAAAUUAGGAAAAUAAGCUAAAGGUGAGGACACAGACUCUUAACAUAGAAGAAUUUGAAAGUCAGAUUUGGAAAAUUAAAAGUGAAGGCAUUGGUUGUCAAGGAGUUAAGUCUAUGUCAAUGAGUACAGGGAGAAUAGCUGAAUUGGACUUGGUGUGAUUUUUAAGUUUACACGCAAGUGUAGAAUGAGUUCCUGAAGAACAGCAAAGAAAGACUUAUCUGUGGAGCACUGAAACAGUCAUGGUUGUGGAUCGCAGAAGUACAGGCUUCCUAUGGAAGUUCGAGUCCAGAUACUGUUCAACGAAUGAGAGAGGAACCAGAAGACAUGCUAAGUUAAUUCACAAGAAGUUGAGUUGGCUCAUUAUCGUCUGAGGAUCAUGAUUUCGACCCUACAGCAGAAAUGCUAGUGCAUGAUUACGAUGAUGAGCGAACACUUGAAGAAGAGGAAAUGUUAGAGGGAGGGAAGAAUUUCACAUCAGAAAUUGAAGAUUUGGAAAGGGAGAGCAACAUGCCACUCGAUGAUUUGCUGGUACUCUAUGGAUAUGAUCCUCCUGUUCCGGUGUUAGAAAAUGAAAAUCCAGGGAGUUCUCCAAGUGAACUUGCUGAUGAAUUACCUGACAUGACUCUUGAUAAGGAGGAGAUAGCAAAAGACUUACUUUCAGGUGAUGAUGAAGAAACACAGUCUUCUGCUGAUGACUUGACUCCAUCUGUAACUUCUCAUGAAACAACUGAUUUAUUUCCCCGACACUUAAGAUCAAGCACUGCCUUUGAUGGUGAUAAAGAAUCUGAAGAUGAAGAAGGACAAGAUGAUUGUGUUCCUUCUGAAGAUUUGAAAAAGGAAAUAAUGGUGGGUUCAGAGUAUCAAGCUGAAAUUCCAUCAACUCUUUGUAAAUAUAAAGAUGGAGAUAAAGUCUAUGAAAAUGAGGACCAGUUACUCUGGACUCCCUAUUUGCUUCCUGAAAGUACAGUAAAGGAGUUUUUGCAUGAAGUGGCUAAGAAAUCUACAGAUGAGAAAGGUGUUGGUACUAUACCUGAAGAGACGCAUGUAAGGGACAAUGAACAGGCACUCUAUGAACUUCUAAAAUGUAACUACGUUGUUAAAGAAGCACUUGGAAAUUAUCGUUCAAAUGUAAAGAUUGCACAAGAUGAUCGGUCAGCUUGGACAGAAGAGGAAUGCAGAAACUUUGAACUUGCUCUUCGACUUUAUGGCAAAGAUUUUCACCUAAUACAAGCUAAUAAGGUCAAGAACCGCUCUGUAGGGGAAUGUGUGGCUUUCUACUACAUGUGGAAAAAGUCUGAAAGAUACGACUAUUUUGCUCAACAAACUAGAUUUGGGAAGAAGAGGUACAAUGUUCAUCCUGGAGUUACGGAUUACAUGGAUCGCCUUGUAGAUGAGGCUGAGAUGGGAAUGUUAAGUCGAACAAUACAUUCUCCAUCUAUUUGUUCUUCUGUCAAUAGACCUGAAUCAAUUUCUGAUCAGCAUAGUCUAAUGAGCUCUGGACAUGAGUUUUCUGCACUGACCAGCGUGAGUACACCUUGCAGCGCUGCCAAUGUGAACUGUUUGGAUUCGUAUAAUUUUCAUCCAGUGGAGAGUUUACACACCAAGGGACCAACUACCCAUGUGCCUGCUUUAAUAGACGAGUCGCUUGGUUUGCCUACAAAUGGUGACACAGACUGUCUAAAUUUAUUCGAGACUGGAUUCUACCAUUCUGAUUUAAACCAGAUAAACAUGUGCAACAAUGAGCCUGAAAGACCGGCAAAGAGAUUGAAAAUGGGGAUUUCUGUUCAAGAAUCUUUUAUCAAUGACCUUUCUGUAAAUAACCUGGAUGUGGAUUUUGAGAAUCACACACAUCACAUCACUAGUGCCAAAAUGUCUGUUUCUGUUGCAGAUUUUAGCAGCUUGCCUAGUAGUGAAGCAAGUGGCUUCAUUAAUCCCUGUGCACUACACCAGCAUACGGCUCUCCAAUCAGAGUGACUCCAUUGAAACUUCUUCUGAAAUGGUGGUAUGCAGUAAUGUUGAGCUUGGUGGAUGAGCCAUCGAGAUUGUUCAGUCAUUCACUGGAAGUUUGAAUUUUUUUACUAUGACAUCAGUGAUGUCUUUUUACCUAUAGAACUUUAAUCUUGAUUUCUCAAGAGUUAAAUAGCCAUUUAUUUUCAGUCCCUAGUAACGUAGAAAUUUGAGAGAUUAUGUUAUAUAGCAGAGUUGGGGACUUAAAAUUGAACUUUACGACACAGUCCUGAACUCUCACGCUAUUACAUCUCCUUUGUAGUUGAAGAACCAUUUCACCUCCUGACACCACCAUUGGGAAUCUGAAACAAUAGAAAUGGCUUCCAUGAAUGCACACUACUGUCACAGUAGUGGGUAUAGAGGAAUACUAAUGUUUACAGGUACCUGGCCUUGUCCCUGGCUAAUGUAGCAUUUUGGAAGUGAACUGUGCACAACCUGUGCAAAGACCUGCAUGAAUAGAGCCUUCUCAUCCAUUUACUUAAACAGAGCACUUCAGUUUAUGGUGCCAUGAACACAUCCUUUGGAAGAAAAUUGAUGGAUGAAAUACAAGUGGGAGGAAGCCUACAGACUUGCGAGUGUUGGGCAUGGCUGCCAUCUGUAAACGGGUUGGAACUACUGCCAGAUUUCUGUGCUUAGAAACUUUUCAAGCUUUUAUUGAUUAGAUUAAAUAUUGAAUUUUGUGAUAAUUGUAUAUUUGUUUUUUUAAAAGACUUUAAAGAUUGUAUUAUAGUGUAUCUCAAACUGCGCAGUGCAUUAUAUAUCUUAUGAGAUUUCCUGGGGCAGCUGAAACCGUCUCGACACAACUUGGGACUUGCCACUUUUAAUCACAAUUCUGUUUGACACUUAAGCCAUCUUGCAGCAGUUCAUUAUGUUUUGUAUCCAUGCCCACAGUGUAAUACAGUGAAACCCUGAUGAACCAAACUGAAGCUCUACUAUUUUGUAAUAUAUUCCAAAUUUUUAGUCUGUUGUAAACUUCACAAUUUCUCUAAGUAAAAGUUUGCAAUAAAGCACUUGUUGAACUGAAACAAAAAGAAAAUAUUGAAUUUUAAAUUAUAGUAAUUAUUUGAUUAGGUGUACAGUACCUAGUAUCUAUUUUACACAGCAGGAAAUAAAAUGGUACUUUUAUCUGUAAAUUGUUGUUGAUCUAUAUCAAGUUCUGAUCAAGAAACUUUGGAAUUCCAUACCUGGUUUAGUAUUAGAAGAUACUUGGAAUCCAGAAAGAUAAGUGUCCUUUGAGCCUAUUUAUAGUACGUUUAUUGUCACAUGUUUCAUUUUGUAGUUUUUGCAUUAGUGUUUAUUGCUUUGCUUCCUAGUUUCUAAUUGACAUGUAGGUCAUUAAUGUAAUUGUUAUUGUUCAUCAUCUGCUAAAAUUUUAGUUAGGCUCUGCUGAGUGAGUAUCUACCUAUCUUACAUUAUUUUGUUUUUUUAAAUUACAAGAAUUUGCUACACCAUAUUUGAAAAAGAUUUUACUGUUUUUCCAAGUGAUUUGCAAGUGUGACGAAGGUUAAUUAGCUGGGAUACACAACAUGAUGAACUGCUUUUGUACAAUGUAAAUAUUUACAUUCUGUCUGGAGAAUCUAUCUUCACCCUUGCCCCUAUAUUUGCACAAUCCCCUAAAACUUAGUGCAGAAAUUUUACACAAAUACUGCCAUUUUAAAUGCGCAAGAGUGAAUACUGUGGUUUGAGAGACUGAGUUGAUAUUCUGUGUAGAUGAGUAUGACUGUAAAGCCAUACUAUGCUUUCAGUUUUUAAUACAGGAAUCUAGUAUGGUAGAUGAAGCUUUAGGUUCUGAGACAGUACAGAAUGGCAUAAAGGUACAAGACACAGAAGUAACGGGUAGCCUUGGCUCUUGCCAGUAUAGCAUGGAAUUCUGAUUCAUGUCAUCAGCUUAUAGCUUGUGUUCAUGUGCUGAUCUAUGCAUUUGUCUUCUGUGGGAUUUUUCUUUCUAAUGUUAACUAAACUCAGUCCUGUUCUUGUGGAAAUGCUCUACAUAUCCCUUCAUUUAUAUAUUUGAGCGUGAUGACUGGAUUUGCAAAGGCUAGUCUGUAGUAGUGUUCACACAGAUUUAUGACUGAUCACUUGCAUCAGUUGCACUUUUUGAAAUUUUAAAACCAUUCCUAGUGCAUUAUAAAUACAGAAAUUAACUAUGCAUUCAGACUUUGUAAGGUUCCCUUGGCAAACAGUAGUGUGUGAUUUUUUUUUAUUACAGGGUUUAAUUUAAAAUUUACUAUUACUGAUUUGCUUGUGAUUUUUAGAGAAAAAAUAAAAUCCUUAUUGGUAUGUAUUCUCUUGCCAGUUACAUUGAUUAACUUCUAACUGAGUAAUACAGUUUAUUUAAAAGCAUUUAGUCCAAAAUUUAAACUGUUUAACCUUUUUGUUUGGGGCUAAUGUUAUUUACUUGUUACAAUGUUUAAAUAUUUUGAAAUGUGUUUGGCGUGUAGAAAAAAAUGUCCUUCAUCCUGCACGUUGAACAAAGAUCAUUGAAAUAUCUAUGAUACUCUACCAAAACUAAAACCAAAUUCUUAAUGGGAACUGAUAUUUUAGAAUUUUGUAAAUUUCCGUUUUUAUGUUCAUAUUAAACAGGGCAAUAAUUUGAGAGAAUGUAAUUAUGUAGAAUUUAUGCAUCUAGUAAACUACUUCGAAGUUUAAGUUUAAAGUGUCAUGAAAUGAUGCUUGCUUCUUUCUAAAUGAGAAUCUUAUUUAACCACUGGGAUGUAGAAGAUUUGAUGUUUAUUGUCAAGCUUUGUUGACUGCUGGCCAAAGAUGAUUGUCUUUCCUUUCCAUUUUGAAAAGUCUGUUCAUAUACUAAUACAUUUAGAACUGUAACUGGUGCUGUGGUGAAUAUAGCAAUGCUUCACCAAGAAAAGAGAUGAUGUUUUCUCCCUAGUCUAAAUGAUUAGUUUCCUAAUAUUACCUGAUCCAGUUACUUGAAGGUUUUACCUGUUUGAUGGCUGAAGAAUAUCAAGGAUAGGUCAUUUUAAAAUACUACAGUUUUUUUCUUCUUGGCUGAAGAUAAUUAUCUGUAGUGAGAAUAUCUCCCAGUUGUUGAAUUUAAUGAUACUUUAUCCAAAGUCUGGAGUAUGAAUUAAAAUUGCUUAUUGAAGGUAAAAUAGUGACAAGUUGAACUAACUAUAAUUGUAUACAGAAAUUUGAAAAGUUGAUACAUUGCAGAAGAGAGAGUUUGUACAAUGUUUGUGAAGAAUGAAAGCAAUGUGGUAUUGAUGAUCAAUAUAGAUAUGCUACUUAAAUGCUUCUAAUAAAAUAAAAGCACUAGCAAUACUGUUCUGAAAAAUUGGUGCUACAGCUCCUCUUCAACUACUGUUGUAGUUAGUAAUAGAGCUGCCAGUGGGGAAAUGGGUUCAUUGUUGACAAUCAAGACAGCAUUCAGUUUUGAAGAUAUAAAAGAGGAAAGCUCUAACAUUGUGUUUUGUUUUAAUAUUUGUAUAUAAAUACUGAAGGUUUUUGUUCAGCAUUAUUUUGUACUUCUGUUGUACCUUGAUGUGUGGUGUAUACCAUUUCCAGAAAUAAAAAGUCUGGAAGUCUCA